UGUGGUGAGACACCAAAUGAACUCAACUUCCUCUUUCAACAACAUAUUUUUCAGAUAUCAGCAGGAUCUGUGCCACCCAGAGUUAGGCUUUUUCACCCUCAGCUCCCUGCAAAGAAACAAGAGUGCUAAUCCUGACAAGGCUCCAGGGGAUUAUAACUCCACGGCUUACCUUGAUGAGUAUACUGAAAUAUUCAAGAUGGUUAGCAACAGUACCAGCAAUGCUGAGACUGACUGCAAUGCUACUGAUGUGACAUUUCAGAACUCCCUCUAUGCAGCCACCUACAUCCUCAUAUUCAUCCCUGGUCUUCUGACCAACAGUGCAGCCUUGUGGGUUCUGUGCCGCUUCAUCAGCAAGAAAAAUAAAGCCAUCAUUUUCAUGAUCAACCUCUCUGUGGCUGACCUUGCUCACGUGCUGUCCUUACCCCUCCGGAUUUACUAUUACAUCAGCCACCACUGGCCCUUCCAGAAGGCCCUUUGCCUGCUGUGCUUCUACCUGAAGUAUCUCAACAUGUAUGCCAGCAUUUGUUUCCUGACGUGCAUCAGCCUACAGAGAUGUUUCUUUCUCCUCAAGCCCUUUAGGGCCAGAAACUGGAAGCGUAGGUAUGAUGUGGGCAUCAGUGCUGCCAUCUGGAUCAUCGUGGGAACUGCCUGCUUGCCAUUUCCCUUUCUGAGAAGCACCUACUUAGCCAACAACACUGAGUCCUGUUUUGCUGAUCUUGGUUAUAAGAAAAUGAAUGCAGUGGCUUUGGUUGGAAUGAUUACAGUUGCUGAGCUGGCAGGAUUUGUGGUCCCAGUAGUAAUCAUCGCAUGGUGUACUUGGAAAACUACUAUAUCCUUGAGACAGCCACCAAUGGCUUUCCAAGGAAUCAGUGAGCGGCAGAAAGCACUGCGGAUGGUUUUUAUGUGUGCUGCAGUCUUUUUCAUUUGCUUCACUCCUUAUCAUAUCAACUUUAUUUUUUACACUAUGGUGAAGGAAACCAUCAUUAGUAGUUGUCCCAUUGUCCAAAGCACACUGUAUUUCCACCCUUUCUGUCUAUGCCUUGCAAGUCUCUGCUGUCUUUUGGAUCCAAUUCUUUAUUAUUUCAUGGCCUCAGAGUUUCGUGACCAACUAUCUCGCCAUGGAAGCUCUGUGACCCGUUCCCGUCUUAUGAGCAGGGAGAGUGGUUCAUCAAUGAUUAGCUAAAAAUAAAAUAACUCUUCAAUUAUGACUUUAACUAUGUUUCCUAGCUUCUCCCAAAGGCCAGAAUGACCAGCCAAACAAUUGGUUUAAUGGAAGUUUGGGAACAAUGGAAAUCUUGUGUGAUAGUUGUGGUCAUAGGGAUGUAAUGGGGGUGACAGUGUGUAAGAAGUGUGGGAGAGGUAGGGAAGAUAGAAUUUGCCUGUUUCCUCUUUGAAAUUCAAGAUACUUUCUUAAGAAACUUAGCUCGUUUUGACAGAUGUUUUCAAGCAAAUGAAAAUUGGAUUAUUUUACCUUAAACAUUUCUUUAGAAAAUAUAUUGUUAAUAAGAUACAAUAAAUACAUGAAUCUUUUCCCAAACUGUAAAUGCAAAUCUCUUUUAUAUGAAGACUUUUACUUGUGAAUGAGAAUAAAAUUCUUCAGUCUUUCUAAGAGAUAAAUGCACAGGCAAGGGGGAGUGACAAUUGAAGUAAUGUGUGCAUAAAUUUCAGGGCCACAAACCUAUUACUGAAUAAAGGGCAUGGAAAUUUGUUCAUUCACCGAAAAUGUAUUGAAUGCCUGUUGUAUUCUGGGUUAUCAAUUUCUUGCGUACUUCCACAAUAUAGCAAGCAUCUCAUCUGGCCCUUCUAAUAAACUUGUGGACGUUUCCAAUACAAAUGAUAGGUAGAACCUCAGAGAGGGGAAGUAACUUGCCUGAGGAAAAACAGUGGUAAGCUAAAAUUUGUCCUGUAUACACCGCAUAUGCUUAAGUUAUUCCCCCUGUUUGUGUUACUUUUUACUAAGUCAAUAUUAAACUUGACUUAAAUGGUGAAGACACAGACCAAAGCUAAGCUGCAUGAGACCAAGACCAUUUCUACACAAUUUGCUUGAGAUUAUCUGAAAAGUCUGGGUUAUAGGAAUGGCCGAUCAGGCUUCCAGCUACAAAGCAUCAAAUGAUAAAUAGAUAGUUUUUUCUAAUACCGUCCCAAUCUACAGUUUAAUGAUUAGAGAUAUAGGAAACCCAAAUAGUUCAUUAUUUCCUACCAAAGAUAUUUUAAGUAGGUCAUAGAAAACCCAUAAAUAAAUGAAAGAAAGAAAGAAAGAAACUGACAGAUGUAGAAGUUCUUUAUAUAUUUUAGAUAUUAACCCCUUAUUGGAUAUAUCAUUGCAAAUAUCUUCUCCCAUUCAGUAGGCUGCUUUUUUGUUUUGUUGAUGGUUUCCUUCACUGUGCAAAAUCUUUUUUAUUUUGAUAGUCCCAAGAGUCUAUUUUUGUUUUUGUUUCUCUUGACUUAAUUGACAUAUCUAAUGUUGCUGGGGGGGGGGCGGCAAAAAAUCUGAGAGAUGAACAUUCUGUGAAAUUUAGAUUUUUUUGGAGCUUGCCCAACUUCUUUCUUUUAAAACAUUAUUAUACAUCACUGAAUAAAUUUGUGUUUAUUAAGAAA